UCCGACCGUCACGGAAGUACUCCUGACCUCCGCGCGGAGGCGGGGUCGCCGUCAAGCAGUGCUUCCGGGUCAAGCAUCCGCAGGAGCGGAAGGAGCUGACCCCGGUUCGGCUGGCCUCCACACUCAUCCUUUCAGUUGUGAAAUCCUCAGCACUCUUGGACCACUUCUUUGGAAAACUUUUAUACCAGCAGCAAGUCAUUCACUGUGAUCCUGUUCAGCAUAGCCACGUUUGAUUUUUCCAAGCUAAAGAGGACUGGUUUGGAUUUUCCCAUGAAGCUGCAUCUGCGUCUGUCCAUCUUACUGGUGGUCACUCUUGUGCCAGCUGUUCUGGUUUUGGAAGAUGUGGCCCCACUGGGAACGAAUCACAGUUCCUACAAUGUAUCAUUUCUCCCGAGCUUUGAACUCUCAGCAGGUUCCUACUCUGGUGAUGAUGUCAUCAUAGCCAAAGAGGGAACAAAUGUUUCCCUGGAGUGUCUUCUCACAAUGGAUCAGUAUGGAGAUGUCUACUGGUACAACUCCAAAGGACGGCGGCUACACAACAGAGGUGGAAAAUGGUUGGUUUCUGAUAACUUCCUAAAUAUCACCAAUGUAGCCUUUGAUGACCGUGGGCUCUAUACCUGUAUCGUCACUUCUCCAACUCGUGCCUCCUACUCAGUUACCCUCCGUGUGAUCUUCACUUCUGGAGACAUGAGUAUCUACUAUAUGGUUGUCUGCCUGAUCGCCUUCACAAUCACACUCAUCCUGAAUGUCACUCGGCUAUGCCUGAUGAGCACCCAUCUCCGAAAGACCGAGAAGGCCAUCAAUGAGUUCUUCAGGACUGAGGGGGCUGAAAAACUCCAGAAGGCCUUUGAGAUAGCAAAGCGUAUCCCCAUCAUCACCUCAGCCAAAACCCUGGAGCUUGCCAAGGUCACCCAGUUUAAGACCAUGGAGUUUGCCCGCUACAUUGAAGAACUGGCCAGAAGUAUCCCUCUCCCGCCCCUUAUUCUGAACUGCCGGGCCUUUGUUGAGGAGAUGUUUGAGGCAGUGCGAGUGGAUGACCCUGAUGACAUGGGAGAGAGAAUUAAGGAGAGACCUGCCUUGGAUGCUCAAGGUAGCAUCUAUGUGAUUAAUCCAGAGCUGGGACGCAGUAACUCACCUGGUGGGGAUUCGGAUGAUGGCUCUCUAAGUGAGCAAGGCCAGGAGAUAGCAGUGCAGGUGUCUGUUCACCUUCAGUCAGAGACCAAAAGUAUUGGGACAGAUUCUCAAGACAGCAGUCACUUCAGCACAUCAGAUGACCCUGCACCUGCUGAGGGCAACACUCACCACAGAGACCGAGGCUGUGACAACUGACAGCCUGCCCAGUGCUCAGGAAAAGAGCCUGCUGUGAGGACAUAGCAUUAUUACAAGAUGGCCGGGUCUUCUGUUUAACCUUAAGCACACCAGGCCAUGAAUUGCCAAAGUCCUUGUGACAAGACAACAUUUUUCUGAUACUUUGUCAUUUUCUUUAAGGUUGCUGGAGUGAUGUGUGCUAAGAUUGAAAAGCACCUAAGCUGUGAGGCUUCUUUUCUGGUCACAGUUUUUUCUCUGGCUCUUGUGUGACACAUUGAAGCCCCGGUUUCCCCACCAGUGAAAUGUGGGAUUUGUUCUCAAUGAGUUGUGUCUGGCCCAGCACUUGUCGCCUGUCCCACCUCUAAGUCGGCGUUUCACUAGACCUUUGGUCCCUCCUUUGAGACUUCAGUGUGCACUCAGGUUGUCCACCAGAGCCACACAGGGAGAUGCUCUGCCCUGGGGAGUGAACAGUCACAUGUGCUGGGGCAAGCAGAUCUUUUCAUUGAGGCACCACUGUGUUACACAGAUCCGGAGAGCAAAUUGCCAUUAGAAAACCACUCUCACGCCUUUAAUCCCAGCACUCGGGAGGCAGAGGCAGGCGGAUCUCUGUGAGUUCGAGGCCGGGCUGGACCAACAGCCUCCAAAACAAUACAGAGAAACCCUGUCUUGUAAAAACAAAACAAAA